GUGUAUUCAGUGUUGACGACGGGAUAGUUUCUAUUCUCCACAAAGGAGAGGAGAGGAGAGAGGCAGCAGCAUUAACCUUUCUUCGAUUUCAGAUCGUCUCCCUCAAAUUAAGUGCAGAGAGAUCCCAUCGGAUUUGGAUUCGAACGUCUCUAUCGCCGAAGAGUCCGACGUGAACGUAAAUUUUGGCGUUGAAGAGCAAUGGAGGGAGAAAUGGUGGCUAAGGUGAAGAGGGAGACGGUGGUGGCAUGCAUGACUUGUUCUCUCUGCGACAACCUCCUCCGUGACGCCACCACUAUCUCCGAGUGCCUUCACACCUUUUGUAGAAAAUGCAUCUAUGAGAAAAUCACAGAGGAUGAGAUAGAGUGCUGUCCAGUAUGUGAUAUUGACCUCGGGGGUGCCCCACUGGAGAAACUAAGGCCCGACCACAUUUUGCAAGACUUGAAGGCUAAAAUAUUUACUCCAAAACGAAAAAGAGAGAGGGCGCCUGAAGUUGUGUCCUCGAUCACAUUACCUGCAAGGAGGAAAGAGAGGUCUAUCUCGUCUUUGGUGGUAAGCACACCAAGGGUUUCAGCACAAACUGGUACAACAGGAAAGAGAACAAAAUCUCUCAUGAGGAAAGAUGUGCGUGGUAGUGGUUCAUUCACUAAGAGAACUGUGAAGAAGGAAGAAGAAUUUGGAGAUGAUCACACAGAGAGCGGAAGCUCGCCUGAAACGCUUAAAGAUUUAACUCAGAGUAAAAGGCAGGUAAAGAAGUCUUCAUAUGCAGAGCCUAGCCAGUCCCCCUCAAAACGAAGAAACAAGGAUGGUGCUCAACCUUGGGAUUCCAAAUUAAACCUUUGGAAACCUUUAAAUUUUCUUGUGGAUGUGGCAAACGGAACAAAGUCUGAGCAUGGAAAUGCAUCUCACGCUGAUGUUCAGGGGAAUAAAACCAAAACAAAGGAUUAUAAACGAAAAUGUAAACUUGAGGAUGAGAUCAGAAAUAAUGGUGAUCCAACAACAUCAGAAACUGCUACGGUUAAAAGAACGCGUAGGACUCGACGUAAAAGGUCGUCCACUUAUGGUGAUUCAAGAAUCCCACCACUACCGGAUUCAGAAAGCCUGAAACACGAGAGGAGAAAGGGCCCUGUUUGGUUCUCACUUGUAGCUUCAAAUAAUCAGGAAGGAGAAACAUCCUUGCCUCAGAUUCCAGCAAACUACUUGAGAAUAAGGGAUGGGAAUAUUCCAGUUUCGUUUAUCCAAAAGUACCUUAUGAGGAAGCUUGAUCUCAAGAGUGAAACUGAGGUAGAGAUAAGGUGUAUGGGAGAAGCUGUGAUCCCAACGUUGGAGCUUCACAGCUUAGUGGAGCUAUGGUUGGAAACAACUUCUAAGCAUGAAAGAGUGGCUGCAACUAUAGGUUCCUCUGCAAAAGAAUUUGUAAUGGUGCUAGCUUAUGCUCGGAAGGUCCCUGAAUGCACCAACUAAAAGAACUGUUUAAUGAUCGUCCGCAACAAAAAUCAAUCUUCUACCUCUACAUUUAAUCUUCCCUAAGAAGUGAAGUGCAGGGCCAGGGGCAGUGGAAUGUAUUGUGUAGUUUAGUAUUGAUAUAUAUAUAUAUUUUCAUAUAAUCUGAAAAUGAAUGAUCGGUGAGAUAGACACUUUGUUGUCUAAGGAGGAUAUUUAAGAUUUGCUUUUUUAAAGGAGAUCCGAGAUUGUAUGUCUUGUUGGACAUUUGAAUGUAUGAUAAGAUAGGAUAUUGUUGUCAUUUCUAUGUAACAUUUGUUCCUUUGUUUGGACUAAUCGGAGAUGUACACGGAAUUAUUGUGUGA